AUGGCCCCGGCAUUUUUGAGUGGCAUUCUUCGACGGCGGCGUGAUGAGGAGGAGCAACUGCCAAGUGUUGAGGGGUCGUUGGAGGGUGACUCGAGUGGGCUGGCGUCGCUGAAGCAUUUUGAGAAGAUGCACCGACUGGAUCCAAACCUGCCGUUGGACGAGCUGGAGGAGGUGGAUAUCGCCAUCAUCUUGAACCAGCAAAAUGCCGAGAAGGGGGCGGAAAUUGAGCAGGUCUUGAAUGAGGACAACUCUCCAUAUCCAGAAGUACGAGCCACGGUACGAAACUUCGAUGUCGAGAUGCCUGCGAAUACGGUGCGAGCAUGGGUCAUUGGGAUGCUCUUGUGUACGAUUGGCUCCGCCGUCAACAUGCUGCUCUCGCUACGAAACCCGAGCAUCAUGCUCACGACAUUUGUCAUCCAACUCAUCGCCUACCCAUUGGGUCUCUGCUGGGAUUAUGUGUUCCCGGACCGUGUGUGGAAUGUAUUGGGGCUCAAGUUCAACCUCAGGCCAGGACCAUUCAACUUUAAGGAGCAUGUCAUCAUUGUGGUCAUGUCAAAUGCUGCGUAUGGAGGUGGCGCUUUGUAUGCUACUGAUGUGAUCAUUGCACAGCGUAUGUGGUACGGCCAGAACUUUGGCUGGCUAUGGCAAAUGCUAUUCGGCAUCACGACACUUUGCACGGGUUAUGGUCUGGCUGGUUUGGCAAGGAGGUUCCUGGUGUGGCCCGCCGCCAUGAUUUGGCCGACCGAUCUCGUCAACUGCGCCCUAUUUUACACCCUUCAUGACCACAGCCCAUCCGAUCCGACAGUGACGAACGGCUGGAGCAUCAGCAGAUACAAGUGGUUCAUGAUCGUGUUCGGUGGCUCGUUUUUGUGGUACUGGUUCCCAGGCUAUCUCUUCCAGGGCUUGUCAUGGUUCUGCUGGAUCACCUGGAUCUGGCCGGAGAAUGUUGUGGUCAACCAGCUGUUUGGUGGAUAUAGCGGUUAUGGACUGUUCCCCAUCACUCUGGAUUGGAGCAUAAUUUCCGGCUAUCUCAUGUCACCGCUUAUUCCCCCAUUUCACGCCAUCGCCAAUGUCAUCGGCGGGGUCACAGUUUUCUUCGUUUUUGUCUCCAUCGGGAUCCAUUACUCGGGCAUGUGGUACUCGGAAUUCCUGCCGGUUCAAAACGCCCACGCUUACGACAACACCGGCAAUAUUUACAACGUUUCCAAGAUUUUAGGAGCUGACCUGCAGUUCGACGAGGCCAAAUACAUGGCCUACUCCCCGCUUUAUCUCCCUACGCAAUUCGCGCUCGCCUACGGGCUUUCGUUCGCCGCGGUUGCUGCCGUCAUCACACACGUCGCCUUGUACCACGGCCGCGAAAUCAUGUCGCAAUGGAGGCUGGCCCGGCAACAAGAGGACGACAUUCACAUGAGGCUCAUGAAGAAGUACAAGGACGCUCCGGACUGGUGGUAUGUUGUGCUCUUCGUCAUCAUGCUCGGCAUGUCUUUUGCCGUGGUCGAGGCCUGGGACACCAACUUCCCCUGGUGGGCUUACAUCAUCUGCAUGCUCAUCCCGCUUGUCUGGACGAUCCCCAUCGGCAUCGUCCAGGCUAUCACCAACAUUCAACUCGGCCUCAACGUCUUGACCGAGUUCAUCAUCGGUUACAUGCUCCCCGGUCGCCCGCUCGCCAUGAUGAUGUUCAAGAACUAUGGUUACUUGUGCAUGUCACAAGCGCUUUACUUUGUCCAGGAUAUGAAACUAGGUCACUACAUGAAGGUCCCUCCCCGAACCAUGUUCUGGUCGCAGCUCAUCGCAUCGAUAUGGUCCGCCAUUGUUCAAAUCGCCGUCAUGAACUGGGCCCUGGACACGAUCCCCGACAUCUGCUCUGAAGAUCAAAUUCACCAUUGGAACUGCCCAAGCGCUCGCGUCUUUUAUACCGCUUCCAUAGUAUGGGGCGCUAUUGGUCCGGCGCGCAUGUUUUCUGGCACAGCGCUUUACAGCUCUCUCCAGUGGUUCUGGCUCGUCGGUGCCAUUGCUCCCAUCAUCACCUGGUUCUUCGCCCGCCGAUAUCCGAGAUCCCUCUGGCGGUACGUCAACAUGCCGCUUAUUUUCGGUGGAUCAGGCUGGCUGCCACCCGCGACGGUGUAUAUCUACUACUGCUGGGGCAUCGUGGGGACGGCCUUCAACUAUCUUAUCAGGAGGAAGAAGACAGGUUGGUGGUUGCAGUACAACUAUGUCACUUCGUCGGCGCUGGACUGCGGGUUGAUUGUGUCAACGUUGGUGAUUUUCUUUGCGCUCUAUCUGAGCGAGACGGAUGCGCCGAAGUGGUUUGGAAACACGGCCGUGUUGGCUACUUUGGAUAUGACGGCGAAGUCGAUACAAAAGGUUGUACCGAAGGGAGAGACUUUUGGGCCGAGUGUAUGGCCAUAG